AAUCAGAUACUCUCACGCUGGGAUCUGUCCCAAUGAGAUGAGUCCCAGUCUGUGGGUGGACGCACAGAGCACCUGCUCCCGGGAGUGUGAGACGGACCAGGACUGUGAAACGUUUGAGAAAUGUUGUCCUAAUGUGUGUGGGAUGAAGAGCUGUGUGGCUGCCCGGUAUAUGGCCAUUAAAGGGAGGAAGGGACCAGUUGGGAUGCCUAGGGGAGCCACUUGUGAUCGCUUCAUGUGUGUCCAGCAGGGGUCGGAAUGUGAUAUCUGGGAUGGGCAACCUGUAUGUAAAUGCAAGGACAGGUGUGAGAAGGAGCCACACUUCACCUGUGCCUCUGAUGGGCUGACAUACUACAACAAGUGUUACAUGGACGCUGAAGCGUGCACCAAGGGAAUCACUCUGACCGUGGUCACCUGCACCCACCAGGUGACCUGGCCACACACCAGCCCCGUGCCAUUGCAGACCACUGCCCAUCCCACCACUGCUGACUCACUCACCACCUCCCAGGAUGUGGUACCGCCGGCCCUGCUCUCCAACCCCGUCCACCAGUCCACGUAUGUGGGCGGCACCGUCAGUUUCUUGUGCGACGUCAGUGGGAGACCCAGGCCCGAGAUCACUUGGGAGAAGGAGCUGGACGGAAGGGAGAACAUUAUCAUGAGGCCCAACCAUGUCAACGGAAACGUGGUCGUCACCAACAUCGGGCAGCUGGUCAUUUACAAUGCUCAACUCCAAGAUGUUGGGAUCUACACCUGCACAGCCAGGAACCAAGGAGGUUUCCUAAGGGCAAACUUCCCCCUAUCAGUGAUCAAGCGGGAAGAUCUGAUGAAGCAGAGCACGGCAAACACAACUCAGAUCCCAGCCACCGAGUGUUUGAAACAGCCUGAUCGGGACAGCUGCGGAGAGCAUCAGAUCAGGUGGUAUUACGACCCCAAGAAGAACAACUGCUUCACCUUUAACUAUGGACGCUGUGAGGGGAACCUGAAUCACUUUGAAACCUACGAGGCCUGUAUGUCAACCUGCAUGAACGAACCUGUCAACAUCUGCAACCUGCCAGCGCUGCAGGGGCCCUGCAAAGUCUGGGACCCACGCUGGGCCUACAACAGCCUGAUGAAGCAAUGUCAGUCCUUCAUCUAUGGAGGCUGCGGUGGCAAUGAAAAUAACUUUGAAAGCAGGGAGACCUGCGAGGAGAUCUGCCCUUAUCCCAAGAGCCAGCAGUGCAAAGUCUGCAAACCACGCUUCAAGAUAGUGACCAGCUACUGCAAGAGCGACUAUGUGAUAGUUGGGCGCAUGACCGAGUUGACAGAAGAAACAGACUCUGGCCGUGCAUUGUUCACUGUGGACAGGGUCUUGAAGGAUGAAAAGAUGGGACUUCAGUUCUUUGGCAGUGAGGUCCUGGAGAUCACUCUGUUAAACAUGGACUGGAAUUGUCCAUGUCCCAACAUGACUACAGAGGAUGGUCCUUUCAUUGUCAUGGGUGAUGUCCACAAUGGAAUGGCUGUUCUCCAACCCCACAGUUUCGUGAGGACUGUGAAUGAGAAACGGAUCAAGAAACUGUUUGAGGUCAAGGAUAAGAAAACCUGUGACCUCCUGCGAGAGCUGACAGGACUUCAAUAGGCUGCUCCUGAUCGAUAGGCUAUUGGUUAGUACAUUCACAGAGGUCCUAUCAGAGAAAAAAAAAGAUACAUUUAUGAAAAGCUUUUUGGAAAAAAAAUCUCACUUUUGACAAAUUAAUUAAAUAAGCACUUAACUUCCUAGAUUUCUAACUGCUUGAAACAUGUCUAAGUAAAAUCUUUGAUGAUUGACAAGAUCAUUUCUUACUGAUGGGCCUUGGCAAUGACACAAGGAGCCCUCAAUGGUGUUAGGACAGUAGCAAUUUAUUACCCUUUUUGUUUAAAGGUCCAUGAAUUCUGAUCAUUUCCCCAAUAUUCUGGAUGUAAUAAAGGGAGAUACUUGUAUACUUAUUGCUGUCUCUUAGUCGCCUCUUUGUGGCUCAUUUUCGACAUUAGGCCCUCUGGUCAGAGUCACAGUCGCCAUGUUGUAUAGAUCAGGAAGUGACAUCAUCAUUGCACCAUGCAUCAUGGGUUCAAAGCAUCAUGGGUGUGACUGGAAGGACCUGCUCGCCUGAUCCUCACUCAUUCUGAUGAUUGAGUCCUUUGCAGCAGUUCACCCAAGUGGCUGGUCAAUCAUUUUGAGAAUAACAACCAAACUCAGCCUUCCACUAACCGGACAUCCACAUUCCCGAGUUUCCUUAGCAAGAAUGUGUAAGGAGUGUGAACAAGGACUGGCCUGGCCAAUGGCAGUGCCUCUAAAACCACUCUGCACCAACAGUACCAAACCAAGCAUUGUGUGCAGCAGAGCCAGUUCGAAGGUGAUGAAUAUCGAUACAAACGAUGGUGCCCGGGCAUUUAAACACCUACUGCAAAACAUAACCACCAUCAGGAGGGACCAAGAGACAGCAACCGGUGACAGACAGCCUCCUCCAUUCAUUGUAAUUUCCUGGGUUAUUUCAACAGCAGCUUUAUCAGUCAGGUCCACUCACUUUUCCUGUGAUCAUUAAUUGAAGGGUUGCAUAAAACACAUGGGUUCAUAAACCAAAUGUACAAAACAUCAAAGCUCACACACUUCAUGUUGGCAUUGAGGUCAAUUCAACUAGUACAGUUACUGCAGAAAACACAAGUCAGGUAUUAAACUAACAUGAGAGAAGUAUAGUAGGACUGUGUAGAGGGAGUUUACGCUGUCUCUAACGCCAUGCUGUACCUGUCCUGGGAGUGUUUGAU